CAUGAAGGUGACCUGCGUCGAAUCAGCGAGUCAUGAAAAAGACACGAUAGGGAAGCUAUUCCCUUAUAAUUUGCGCACGAGUUCGAUUUUCCUGGCUACCAAUGCUGAGAAUGUUAUUAGUAACCGGGAUACUGUUUUUUGAGUGUCAUUUGUCGCGUUCUUGGCAUGGAUUCAAGGCCAACAGAAUCUUCGGAGAGCCUAAGAUGUUGGGUCGAUGGCGUAGUUGGUUAUCGCCUCUGUCUAACACACAGAAGGUCCUCAGUUGGAGCCUGGAUCAACUCAUGUUUUUGGCUGUCAUAUGCAAUCCACCAUAGUGAGAACUAAGAUGCCGGCUAAAAGGACAGAUCAAUAUUUGGAUUAAAUAUUGUGCAUUUGUAUGGCUGCGGGUUGAUCAUGGUACUAUUCUGUGCUCACAC